ACGUGAUUAUCAUUAAGGCGGACCUUCAACGUUUUAACGGAGUCUCUCAAACCUGUUUAUAUAAGUAACUUGAUCCUCACCAAGUUACACUCAUUUACACACACAGUUAACACACUAGUUGAUCAAACAUUUGCCAAACGAUAACAUCUUUAUUAUUAAAACAAUCAAUCGCUUUAAAUCAGUAUAAAGUGUCAACUUUAAACUCGCACUUCAAAUAGUUUUUUUCAUUCACUUUUCAUUUCUUAACUUGUGCUAAUCAGGUGAAAAGACAUUUCCAGUUUUCUCUGUCGCUUUCAUUUUCGCACCGAAAACCAACUUUUGCUCAACUCUACCCGUGCUCACCCAACUUCUUAUUGAACCACAUUAACCAAGAUAUGGAACUAAAUUUCAAGCACAAUUUACUGUGCACUUUCGUUUUACUCUCCAUCCUUUCAUCAGUUUACUCAUCAAUUGAAUCAACAACUUCGGUUUCCAGUGAAGUAACUUAUUGUACUUAUUCACAAGCCUGUGGUUGGAUCGUCUUUGAUCAAGACAAGCCAGCAAUGAUGAUUAAAAACUUCUGCACCUGUUCAGAGGGACAUUCGUGUGUUAAAACAUACCAUGAACCCAGUAAUCGAGCCGACAUUUACAAUUGCCGAAGUUCGAUACAAGCUGAAGGUAAAGAACGCUGGCCGACGAAUAAGCAUAUUUCAACGGCGAAUCCCAAUGGAAAGUAUAGCUUUCAACGUUCCUCUGAUAAUUUAUCUAAUUAGAGUUACAAAUACUUUUCCUCAUUUGCUAAAUAACAUCAUCAAUCACCAACAAUGGAAACUUUUCAUUCCCUUUUAUUUACCGUUUCAUUUUUACUCUCACUUGCCAUUUGUUAAUGUAAUUUUACUUUAAACACCCAAAUCUUCAUGUAAACUAAUCAUUAACCAAUUAAUAUAUCAAACCCAUUAUCAUCAUUAUAAUUGUUAUUAUUAUUGAAUCAGUUGAAUACAAUGACUUCAGCCAAAGAAUAAUUUAUGUUUCAAUAAAAAUGGAAGAAUCGAACAAAA